AUUGUUUUCCUCAGCAAAGUUGCUUCCCUUGGCUGACUGGGACGGACGGAUUGUCCAGGGAUUCUAUGGAAGAGAUGUCGGGAGUGAGUGCGGUCAGCACAGCAGUGCCAGCGGCCACCACCCGCACCACCUCCUUCAAGGGUUCCUGUCCAGGUUCCAAGUAUGUGAAACUGAACGUGGGUGGCGCCCUGUACUACACCACCAUGCAGACCUUAACCAAACAAGACACCAUGCUUAAAGCCAUGUUCAGUGGAAGGAUGGAAGUCCUUACAGACAGUGAAGGCUGGAUCCUAAUUGACCGCUGUGGGAAGCACUUUGGCACCAUCCUGAACUACCUCAGAGACGGGGCCGUCCCGCUGCCCGACAGUCGCAGGGAGACUGAGGAGUUGCUAGCCGAGGCCAAGUACUACCUGGUCCAGGGUCUGGCGGAUGAGUGUCUCGCUGCUCUACAGAACAAAGACACAUAUGAGCCAUUCUGCAAAGUCCCCCUGGUGACCUCUUCCAAGGAAGAACAGAGACUAAUAACCACUGCUAACAAGCCCACUGUCAAACUCCUGUACAACAGAAGCAACAAUAAAUAUUCCUACACCAGCAACUCAGAUGACAACUUGCUGAAGAACAUAGAGUUAUUUGACAAGCUGUCACUGCGGUUCAAUGGCCGAGUCCUUUUCAUCAAAGAUGUGAUUGGAGAUGAGAUCUGCUGCUGGUCUUUUUAUGGCCAGGGACGCAAGAUUGCAGAAGUGUGCUGCACAUCCAUUGUCUACGCCACUGAGAAGAAGCAAACUAAGGUUGAGUUCCCUGAAGCCCGAAUCUAUGAGGAGACCCUGAACAUCCUUCUCUACGAGUCACAAGAUGGCCGCGGUCCUGACAACGCCCUGUUGGAAGCCACAGGUGGCGCCGCUGGGCGAUCGCACCACCUGGACGAGGACGAGGAGCGGGAGCGCAUCGAGAGGAUCCGGCGGAUCCACAUCAAGCGACCCGACGACCGUACCCACCACCACCAGUGAGCUCACCUUAAGUUGCCACAUGCGUUUGCUGCUGGAGAUGAGGUCAAAGUUCACAUCACACAUCCGGCCACCACUGGCAAUCACACACACCACUACCUGCGAGAUCACUGCUCGGACAGAUCUGCUUCCACAAAUGACCUCACACAUCCAAGGCUACACAUACUACUAUCAAUAGCUUCACUACCUGUCCCAAUCGAAGAACACUUUUAACGUUCCACUUUCAGCCCUAUUUGCCAAAUGGGGUCCUUUACCAGCAGUCCUUUUGAAUAGGGCUGUAAUGUAGAAUUUUAAAUCACUUUAACACUGUAUUGUUACAAAGACCUCUCUACUGACCAUGCUGUUCAAGGAUUUUGUCUUCAUUUUGAUGCAACUGACCAAAAAGUCGAUAUGAACAAAAACACUUUACACUUCCCCAAAUGUUUUGCUGUGCUACAACUGUCUUGAAAUGCAGAGACUAAUUUCAAACACUAUCUUUGUGAGCGUGCACAAUAUUGCUUUUGGAAAAUGCAGCCCAUAUGGUAUCAGAUACCAUGUUGAUUUCGUUUGGUCCAGCACUAUUGCAGCUGCUAUUUUCAAUAUGAGUAUGAUUUAGCCUUUGGCUAUGCCCAAGUGCUUAAAAAAUAUGGACUUUAAUUUACAUGGCAGUGCCAUGUAGUUGUGUAAUUUUUGCAUUAAAUUGUCAGCAUGA